AGCCACACGCCUCCUCGGCGAGAGGCACAACACCUUGCACGCGGGGCAGCGCAGCGGCAUUCCCCGGGCUGGGGCCGGCUCUUCCUUCCCUGCCUGCGCCUCGGCAGGGCGGUGAGGUGCAGGGAGGGACCCGCUCUCACUUCCUCAUUCGGCUCGCUCGCCCUGCGGCAGCAGGUUGCUGCUCUUGGGGAGCGUCGCCGCCGCUGCCGCUGCUGCCCGGGGAGCGGGAGCCGGAGCCGGGGCUGGGAGUCCCCGCUCGCUGCCUUCCCUUCCCUUCCCGCGCGCGAGCAGCAGGUGGUGCGGAUGGGAAAAGCGGCGCCGGGAGGAGGCGCGAAGAUGAGCCGAGGCAUGAGGGUCCUCCCCGAGGAGCAAGAAGAGGAAGUGCUCGAGGAGCUGCAGAGCCUCGGGUGGUACCACGAUAAUCUCACCCGCCAUGCAGCAGAGGCUCUUCUUCUUUCCAAUGGAUGUGAUGGAAGCUAUCUCUUAAGGAAGAGUAAUGAAAGGAAUGACUUAUAUUCUCUCUCAGUAAGAGCAAGAGAUUCUGUGAAACAUUUCCAUGUGGAGCACAUGGGGUCUUCAUUCAAGUUUGGCUUUAAUGAAUUUCCCAGCUUGAAGGAGUUAGUCAUGCAUUUUGCAAACCAGCCUUUAAUUGGAAGCGAGACAGGCACCCUAAUUGUACUGAAACAUCCGUAUCCCCGGAAAGUGGAAGAACCUUCUAUUUAUGAGUCUGUCCGGGUUCACACUGCAAUGCAGACAGGAAAAACUGAAAAUGAUCUUGUCCCGAAUGCGCCUUCACUCGGUACAAAAGAAGGAUACUUGGUAAAACAAGGCAAAAUAGUAAAGAAUUGGAAAAUGAGGUGGUUUACAUUGCAUAGGAAUGAACUUAAAUAUUUCAAAGACCAGAUGUCCACAGAGCCAAUCCGGGCAUUAGACUUAACAGAAUGCUCAGCAGUGCAAUUUGAUUACUCACAGGAACGAGUCAACUGUUUCUGUUUAGUAUUCCCACUAAGGACAUAUUACCUGUGUGCAAAGACUGGCAUAGAAGCUGAUGAGUGGAUUAAGAUACUGCGAUGGAAAUUGUCACAAAUAAGAAAACAACAGGACCAGCGUGAGGCUACCUCUACUCUGUAGUUAUUCCUCUAAGUAAUUUCCUCAGCGAGAUUCAGCCUUCAACACUGAGUUUGUCACUUCACACGAGGGCAGUUUCAACACAUGCAUUACCUACAGUGUACAGCUACGUACUUGCAUAUGUAGGAUUAAUGCUAGAUGGACACUUUCAGAAUGUGAAAUGUUAUCAGGGAAAACUGAUAAUGCUGGUUCCCUACCCAAUCACAUAUUCUUAAUGCACAUUUAAUUCAACCACCUAGGCUGUUUACUUAUGGAUCACGAAAGUGGUCAGUAUUUGAAACUUUCGGUAUAGUAGUAAAGCACUCUGUUAGCUUCACUGAGCUUCUGUAAUAAAUACGUAACUAACUACUAGCAACAGCUGUACUGCAGGGGUUAGCCCACUCAUUUGAAAUCAGCUAUAUUCUGGAAACCUUAAAUAUUGCUUUUGCUUUGUGGUUUAAGGGUUUAAAUCCUAGAGGAAAAUUAUGGCUCCAGAGUGGAUUUUUUUCACUGUGAAACUGACUAGAGUAUAUUUUUGUAAUUAACGUGAGUCCCUGUUACAUGGAAAAUAUAAACUUAAUAUUUUUAAA